AUGAGUAUAGAGAGGUGGUCUGGGCGUAGAGAGGCUUUGUCCGGGUACUCGGCAUUUCGAGGGCGAGAGGGGCUUUGUCCUGCCGGAGAGGCGUUGGAUGUGGCUCAUACGCAGAUGGUGCGACAUAAGAACAACGGACGCCGGUAUUUGGGAAUAUACCAAGGUCACCGAGCGCAAGAAUGCUACCGCACAGUCCAGAGUCCCGGCCACACGCGGUAUCACCCUUGCAACCUCAUGUUUGAAUCGAGCCAUCAUGAACGAAAAUACGAUGCAAACAGACCAGCCUCAGUCACUGCCAGCACGCUCUUCAUCCGGAAGUCCCUGUACAGAAUAGUACCCGAAGACCAAGAUAGAGUGCGAUCAGACGAAACUCGGUCACGAGCAGCCAACCAUUGGAACAGCGACGGAGGUGGUGUGCUAGGACUCACGACCGCAAUUAGCACCGACUAUCGAGGCGACCCAGCAUCGGAUGCUUACUCGAUCAAGUGUCGAAAGUCAAUGGAGCAUUAUUCUGGGGAGUAUACCGUCAUGCAGAAUGAUACUCGGGACAGCAGUCGAGAUAUUCAUGCUGUUAUGCCAGAGAGAUCCAUCACACCCACUCCAACUAAGCGCCCACCGCUUAGCCGAUCUGCAUCGGGGUUCACCAACCCUACGAAAGCGUCUCUUGAAGACAGACCGACGAUUUCGCCAUCUGCCAAUUCACAUUGGAGACCAGCCGGUCCUCCAUCAGCAUCCAGACUAGGCAGUGCGCAUCACAGCGAUGGUCAUGUCUCUACAAGUCGGGCAAACAGUCGGAGCAGCGAGAAACCCAGUCGCAGCGUGAUUCUUCCCAUUUGCCAUUUUGAAUACUCGAGGAGAUCCUUGUUGCAUUCAGAGUAUGAAAUGUCGGAGAAUGUAACGUUGUCUGAGAUAAGAGAACAUUCAGACUGCGGCGGUGUCGCAGUUGCUUUCGGCCCCAAGAGUGCCGACUUGUCUCCUAAGUUUAGUGACACUCCCCCAAGCGCACAUCCCACAGAUAGGGACAUGCAAGAUCUUUACGGAGAUACUACACUGAGACUAAGCGGUGGCAAUCCGGUCGAUGACACAGAUGCGCAACACAACUCUGUCAAUUGGCGAGUUCUACACGAAAAGGAACUUCGCCGUUUUAAAGCGCUCGAAGAGCAGUACAAGAGCUUCAAGGCUGACGCGAGGCGCAUGUACCAACCAGACCUGGAGCUUAUGCAUCGAGAAUGCCAGGCAGAGUUUAUCAUAACUCAAGAUCACGUCUCAGUCUGCGAGGAAGCGAUCAAACAGGUGAAGGACGAAGCACUCUCGUGGAAGAAAGAGGCCAUGCAGCUGAAAGACGAACUUGCACGCCGCGAAGCACAGUGCUAUGAGCAACAAGCGAUCUACAAUAUGGGGCUGACGAAUACCUUCGAGGGCAGCAACGCCGGCAAGAGCGAUGAGAAGACGCCUGUUCGACAAAAUCUAGAACAUUCGCGAAAGGUGGAGUGCCUACCCAGAACUAGGUUACUUAUCAAAUCACCUGAAUUUGAAAGGAUCGCACGCGAUUCUGGCAAAGGUGUCGAGGAGCUCGAGGAACGUCUAAAAAAGCAGAGGGAGGCAGAUGAUGCAAUAGAGAUGCUGAAGGACAGGAUUUGUGACCUUCGCGCCUGUCUCUAG